UGCCCCUGCUCAUAGACGUCACCACCACAGUGAGGCUGUAGCAGGCAGAUCCUCGGUUGACACACAGGCUACACAAUACACACACGCAGUUCCAGAUCAUCAGCAGCGCAGGAGCAAGACCAUGCCAUAAUAACACAGCAACAAAACUGGGCCAAGCCGCCGUACUGCGAAGCGAAGGUCUGUAGCAGUUGCUCAGGAAUGUUCACCGUGCCAGCCCUGAAGACAAAAUGAAGCGCAAGAGCGAGAGGAGACGAGCCGAGUCGAGGAAAAAGCGCUGUGCAGCUCACUCAGAGGCGGAGUUAAACUCAGAUAUUUACACUGAGAUAACAGAUCAACUCUAUUUCGCCAUACUAAAACAAAAGAUCAAGAACACAGCUGAACGACACUGUUUCUGCAUAGACGAAGAGCUGGCAUAUGAGAACUUCUAUGCGGACUUUGGUCCCCUAAACCUGGCCAUGUUUUAUCGCUUCUGUUGCAAGCUGACAAAGAAGCUCACGUCCAUUACGCUCUCAAGAAAGAAGAUCAUAUUUUACACCUGUGGAGAUCAGAAGAAACAAGCCAAUGCCGCCUACCUAAUCGGCUCGUAUGCAGUAAUGCAUCUAAACAUGAUGCCAGAGGAUGCAUACAGUUUGCUGGUGUCAAGGAAUUCAACAUAUAUUCCAUUCAGAGAUGCUUCGUUUGGAACCUGCAUGUACAAUCUGAACAUCCUAGAUUGUCUUCGUGGUGUUCACAAGGCUCUGCAGUACGGCUGGCUGGACUUCUCCAACUUUGAUGUGGAAGAAUAUGAGCACUAUGAGAGGGCAGAAAAUGGAGACUUAAACUGGAUCAUUCCAAAAAAGUUCCUUGCGUUCAGUGGGCCUCAUCCAAAAAGCAAAAUAGAGAAUGGGUACCCUUUGCACGCUCCUGAGGCCUACAUCCCAUACUUCAGGAAACAUAACAUCACCACUGUCAUCAGACUCAACAAGAAGAUGUAUGAUGCCAGGCGCUUCACAGAAUCUGGCUUUGAGCACCACGAUCUGUUCUUUGUGGACGGGAGUACACCAAACGACGCCAUCGUCAGGAAGUUCCUCAACAUCUGCGAGAACGCAGAAGGAGCCAUUGCUGUCCACUGCAAGGCUGGUCUGGGGAGGACUGGCACUCUGAUCGGCUGUUACAUGAUGAAACAUUACUGCCUGAGUGCUGCGGAGGCCAUUGCCUGGAUACGGAUCUGCCGACCAGGGUCCAUCAUUGGGCCUCAGCAGAACUUUGUUGAAGAUAAGCAGAACAGUCUGUGGGCAGAGGGAGAUGUUUUCCGGGAGAAGAUGUUAAAUGAACAAGAGAAUGGCAAGGUGGCUGUAACCAGGAUCCUGUCUGGUGUGGAUGACAUAACCAUCAACGGGAGCAACAAGAACAGGGCAUCCAAGAAAGAAGAAACAGACCUGUAUAAUGAUGACGAGGAGAGAAAUGGCCUUACACAGGGUGAUAAACUGCGAGCUCUGAAGAGCAAGAGGCAGGCCAGAUCGUCCUCCGGUUCCCUUUCACAAGAAGAGAAUAAGAUUCACACCAGGUCUUCAUCACAGUCCCUAAGCAGGGUCAUAUUGCAGGCCAGUGUUCAGGGCUGUACGGCCAGCAUCAACCCCAUGGCUCUGUCUGACCAAUCGGACAGCAGGAAGAGGACUAGAACCUCACUGCCAGCAAACGGAGUAGGAGGAAGCCCCCUGUGCCACACCAGACUGGUCAGGUCCCUAGGCAACUUACAUGUAGUGGCUGGCGACAGGGAGCCAAUGUGUUGGGAGCCAUGUGGCGGCCAUAGAGACACAGCCAGUGCCACAGCCAACACAGGCACUCUCAUCAACUUAAACAUGGCACAGGUCCAGCUGCAGACGCACCGUCUCCAAAGGACGUAAAGCUCGCAGUUCUUUGCAAUCAAUUCGAUUUUCCAGGCUAUGUCACUCCAUACCCAAAGCUAGAGCUCCUCUACUUCGGUGAGCCUGAGGAUCUUCACAUGAAAUCCAACUUCUACACAGCUGUACUACUCUUUCAAUAGAUUUAAGUUUGAGAAAAAGGUUGGAACUUAACUUGAUGUGACAUGUAAAUCAUUUAUACAUUAGUUUAUUACAAGUUAUUUUACCCGUAUGGCACUCUUAAAUUUUUAUAUUUUAACAAAGCAUCAGACAUACUGAUAGUUUUAAUCAUUGCCUGGUUGUUCCUACUUAUUGAAGCAUGCAGUAGCAAACUGACAUGUGAAUCCAAGAGACAAGCCUCCAAAAUAAGCACUGUGCAGCAGAUACUGUGGUGUAUAAGAUGGGGGAUUCACAGUCAAUGUUUGGCAUAAACCCUAUUCUUGGCAUGGCACAAGGCUCUUUGCCUUGGAUGUAGUUGAAACAUCAAGUCCAUCACAAGAUCCAGUAUUGUGCUCAUUUGUACCUCCAGUCCCAAUAGCUGGCUUGCCAUUUUACUUGUGACGCUUUUCAGCUACUUAUUUCAAGACUGUAAAUAUGUCAACAUUUGAUAUACUCAGUUUGUAUUUUUUAAAUAUUUUGUACUAUGUUUGAAUCAUGCUAUGAAAUAAGCCAAUGGUCCUAAAGGGGCCUUGUCUCUAACUCAUGUUCAUAAUCCACUGAAGACAUUUGCUUGAAGCACACUUUAAAAUAAAAAUGUACCCCAAGUAAAUUUG